GCAACCGUCUCUAGAGUCCACACUCGUCGGAACUUGUCGCAAACGCCAAUUGUCAACGAUUUUUAACAAUGUAAUCCGGGAAUAUUAAUUUCAUUGAUGAUCUGUUAAUGAGAAGAAAUUUUCGUCAUAUCCGUGAAGACGUGGGUUUGGACUAAGUACGCGAUAAUUUGUGUUCUCUAUCAGUUUCUACCAAAUUUCCUUAUAAAAGACGCUGAUUGCGAUAUAAACCCGUUAGAACAAAAGAUAAAGGAGUCAAAGACGCACAUUCAACAAUCACAAAAAAAAAAAAACAAAGUAAAAGGAAGAUGAAUGCUUUACAUCUAGUGUGUUUGGUGGUGAUGUCUCUCGCCCUGCUCGGAAAUUACAUUUGCUCAACACAGUACUACGGAGUCAGUGACGAACAUGCAGAGCCCACGGAGGAACAGAGAUCCAUGAUAAACAACCAAUUCAAAAGACAGCUCCUAAGAAGUCUGGGUCAACUUAGGGACAACGGAAAUCUCAAGCGACUCAUAGCACAAAAAAGAUUUGCAACCGACAGACAAACUAGAGGUGGCGUUGCUUUGUGCUUGUGGAAGGUGUGUCCGGCAGGCCCAUGGCUCGUACAGAAGUAAAGGAGUCAAGAUACUUAACAAUUGAAUCAACCUCGGCCCGAAGAUUCGCCUCAUUGUUAUUUAAUUAUUCCAUUAUUCAUUUCUCAUAGCAAUACACUUUAAGAUGACGCAUCUUGUACAUAUUUUUUUUUUCAAUGAAUAAAAUUUAUGUUCAGCU